GGGGUGGAACACAGUCACCCAAAUCUCCACCUCACUUCUCUAAACAAGGCUCUGGCUUCAGGUCAGUGCCUCACUUCCUGGGAGGGGAAAGGACACAACCAGUUCUGUCCACAACUCUACCGAGAGCUGCCCUGAUGGCCCUAGUGGUCCUUCUCCAGCUCCUGACCCUCUGGCCUCUGAGUCACACCAGCUUCACUCCAUCUGUCCCCCCAGCCACACACCCCAGGCCAUGGCUAGAGGCUCAGCCAGCUGCAAUUGUGACGCCUGGAGUCAAUGUGACCUUGAGGUGCCUUGCACCCCAACCCGCCUGGAGGUUUGAACUCUUCAAGCUUGGAGAGAAGACCCCCCCAUUCCUCCGGGACGUGUCCAGCAAUCUGGCAGAGUUCUUCCUGGAGGAGGUGAUCCCCACCCAGAGUGGCCAUUACCAAUGUUGCUACCGCAACCCAGACUGGGGGCCAGGUGUCUGGUCCCAUCCCAGCAAGGACCUGGAGCUGUUGGUGACAGACCAGCUGCCCCAGCCAUCGCUGGUGGCACUGCCUGGGCCAGUGGUGGCUCCUGGUGCCAACGUGAGCUUGCGGUGCGCAGGCCACAUGCCUGGCAUGAGCUUUGCGCUGUACCGUGUGGAUAUGGCGGCCCCGCUGCAGUACCAGGACUCCGUGCAGUCCUGGGCCGACUUCCCCCUGCCCAGUGCCCACGCCCCAGGCACCUACAGCUGCUACUACCACACUCCGUCCAAGCCCUAUGUGCUGUCCCAGCGCAGCGAGCCACUGGUCAUUACCUCUGAGGCAGGUUCUGGCUCCUCCGACUACACCCAGGAGAACAUGAUCCGUCUGGUGCUGGCCGGCCUUGUCCUCCUCGCCCUGGGUGUGCUGCUGGCCUUGGACUGGCGGGGCCGGAGCAGCACCCUGGGGGGCGUCCCCCCCACUGGGGGAGCCUGUGUUGAUUUGGGAUUUAAGCAGGUAUUCCAGAGAGAAGUGAGGAGCUGGGGUCCCUGGGGUGCCUGGCCCCCUUGGAGACUCUGAGCCCCCAGGCCCGGCCCAGGUUGGCCUUCCUCUAACCCUUUGUUCCUAGACCUCGGCAUUGGGUGGAUGGAGCCAUCAGAGGUUGAUGCUUCCAUACCAGAGGUCUGGGUUCAAAUCCCAGUGAUAACAUUCAUUGGGACAUCCUGAAUGCUCAUAGCCAAGUCUCAAUUUCCUUCUCUGUGAAGUGAACCAAUUGAUGACUGGGCUGUAAUAAAUGCUCAGUAAAUGUU